UCAAACGUUUUUACAACUGAAGUUGGAUAAAGUUCAAUUGAAAUUGAUUGCGCAAGUUGAAAGAGUUUUUCAAAUGGCUGACAAAACAAGUGAUGAGCGCUUUAAAAUGUUAAACUCUAGAAAACUCGAACUACCACUGGAUGAAUAUUACAAACAGCAUGUUCGUCAAAAUCUGCCCAAUCUUAGCUCCUCUAUUAAGGGCACGAGAAACGCCAACUGUGUAUUCGAUACAAAUGUUAUGGAUCUAACAUUGGAUGAGUAUUAUGAGCAGUUUGUGCUGCCCAAGCUCAAGCUGCAGGAACAGAAAGAAUUAGCAGAGAGAAGGCGCAAACAGUUUCAACGCACCCACUUCUUUGGGCCGCGGUACUUGGAACAGCACAAGCAGAAAGCUGCGAGGGCACUACCAGAAGAUUUGAAGAGUAAAACACAAGACAAAGAACGAAAAACAAUUUAAUCGAAGCAAAAUGAGACCGAAAGAGGGGAAGAUAACAAUAUAUUUAACUGCAGUUUAAUACGAAUCGAAGACAUAAUGUGAGAGAAAGAGAAGAAGGCAGAAGGAGAAGCCAAGCGGA